CGCUGGUUGCCUAACCUGCGGAACGGAAGAGUUGUCAAAAAAUGUAAAGUUCCGUGGAUGUUCCAGUUUCUUGUGAAAAAAAGACAAAGGCCCAGGAAUUUUCCCGUUUUCCGACACAAACGAUGCAGAGUUUCCCGAAAACGUCGUCGAGGAAGCGAUAAAACGGCCCCACGGUGCCCCAGGUCUAAAUAAAAUGGUGCAGUUACACCUCCUCUCCGCGCACAGAGGGAAAACAAUGUGAUUGUGUUAUCGCGGUCCGAAAAAGGGAUCUUUCAGAUGAAGUAGGUCUGACCCAGUGCCAAUAAUACUAAUAAAAUCGUGUUCUUAUUUAUUUCGUAAUACAGCGAGUUCGUUAAUUCGUAUCAGUGCAAUACAGUUUGUCUGAUAACUUUCCUAUGUGCGAGUUGAGUGUUGAGUUUAACUUAUCGGUGAGCUCCAGGUGCUUUUAUGGGGGUCUGUGUUAGUUGCAGGAAAUCCAAGAACAAGACGUAUAGAGGUAGGCACUUAGACGUUGGACGAUUAUGUGCAUCUAACCUCAAAGGUUUUCAAUGUUAUUUUUUGGCCAAAGGUAACUGCACCAGCCUAAACAAGAACAACCCCAAGGAAUUCAUUGGGUUCCUUCCUAGUACAAAAACCGCAAAGGGGACGACCCCGUUAGACAAAAAUGAUUCUAGAGAGGAGUCAAGCUGCCUGAACAGGCAGUCCAUGGACAGUCAGAGUACCUUGGAGACUAUGACUGCCUCAUUUCCGAACAUGAACUUUACCAAUCCCAUUAAAAACAUUGUUAGUAAGAAACGCAACAGGUAUAAGCAGGACGGGUUCAAUUUGGAUCUUACUUAUAUCACCGAUAGCAUCAUAGCGAUGGGCUAUCCUGCUUCUAAUAUCGAAAGUGUUUAUAGGAACAAUAUCGAGGACGUCGUGAAGUUUUUAGAUCAAAAACACCCCAAGCACUACAUGAUUUACAAUUUGUGUUCGGAGAGGAGUUACGAUAAAGCCAAGUUCCAUAAUAUGGUGAAGGAUUUCCCGUUUGAUGACCACAGUCCCCCCAUGAUCGAGUCUGUGGAGCCAUUUUGUCAGAACGUUCAAGAUUGGCUGGACAAAGACUCAAAGAAUGUGGUCGUGGUGCAUUGCAAAGCCGGAAAAGGGAGAACCGGCACUAUGAUUUGCUGUUACUUAUUGCAUAGUAAAAAGUGCCACACGGCACAACAAGCUUUGGAACUUUAUGGUGAUAAACGGACUCAAGACACAAAAGGGGUUACGAUCCCUAGCCAAGUGCGUUACGUGAACUACUACGAACAAUUGGUAAACAAACGCGUCCACUACGUCCCCACCACGUUAUACAUCAAAGAGUUCAUCUUUGAGCCGGUGCCGACGUUCAUCGGAGGCCCGGGCAAUUUGUCCUUUACCGUAUCCGAGUCGUUUCCCGGGGAAAAACUCACCCAAAAGUACAAAAGCGAACCGCACAAGAUCCCGUUGAACAACAGUCAACAACAGCAGGAGCAACUCGGUCAGUUCUCGAUCAAGUUGGACCGUUGUUUCGCCCUCAGCGGCGACGUCAAGAUCGAGUUCUACAAUAAAAUCAUGAUCAGACGGAAGGAGAAACUGUUUCACUUCUGGUUCAACACGUUUUUCGUGAGCGGCAGCACCGCGACGGCCGCGAAGGAGGUGAAAAACGGGUUCGGGACCGACGGCGAGGGCGGCUGCUAUCACAUGACCUUCAGGAAAAACGAACUGGACAAGCUGAACAAGCGGGACAAGCAACAUAAGAUUUUUAGUGAGAAUUUUAAGCUGACGAUGGUGGUGCAAAUAAUCGCGACGCGCAAAGAGAAAAAGGAGGCGGCGCCGCCGGCGGUGCGGACGCACCCGCCCCCGGACACGACGACGACGACCCCUUGCGGCAGUUCGGCGGGUUCGUCUGACGAGGAGGACGAAGACGACGAAUCCGACGAGGAGGAGGAGGAAGACGAGGACGAGGACGACGACGACGAGGACUGGGAAUCGGGUUAAAUUCGCAAAAAAAAAUUAUAUAUAUGUACAGGGGGCCGAUUAAUAAAUAUAUUUUUUUUUUUAAUUUGUAAUAAAAAUCGCGUUGGCGCAGGAGGCUAUAUGUUCUAUGUACUAUUACUACUACUAUUAUUAUUAAUAAAUUAGUUGCGUUGGGUCCCUGUAUAUAAUGUACGUGUCAAAAACAACAAUGACGACCUAUACACGAGGUCUCUUAAAAACUGUUACGCAAUUGAAUUCUUCUUGUGAUAAGGUGAAUUAUUAUUAGUGUGUAGUUUUGAUGUAUUUUCUCACAGGAAAUAUAUACGGGGUGAGCGUUAGAACCUUGGAACAGCAAUUAAUUCGGCCCACACAAAUAUAGUUUUUUUUUUUACCUUAAAUAAAUUACAUGGCUGUAUAUGUAUUAUUUACUAAUAUAAUUUGUGUAAGCGUCGUAUCCUUUUGUCGUUUUGCCAUCCCUGUAUAAUAAUUUAUAUAUAUAUAUAAAUAGUAAUAAAUGCAAAACAGUCUUGUAGAUUAUUACCCUGUAAAGUUUUUAUAUAUUAAGGAUUUAAUGUUAGUUAUUCCUUGUGAUAAGUAAGUUUUAGAUAGUGAGGAGGUUUUUUUUCUUAAGUAUAAGCGAGAGAGGACUUAUACAUACAUAGAGGCCAUUGGUUAAAAAAAAAACGAUUAUCCCCCAAAAAAGUGACGUACAAGGUGUCCCGAUUUAAAUUCGGUACCACCACCACCACCUCAUUUACCCAGUGAAACAAUAUACACGGGGUGGCCCCUACAUAAUUAAGGGACGUCCUGUACAACUUUUUCGGCGAUAAUCACGUAAUUUAUUUUUAGAUCUGAAUGUACCCAAUGACUACUUAAACGGAUCCGAAUACGGAUUUGAAUAAAAACAUGUUUGAAUAAAA